AUGCGAAGGUCGAGCCCAACGCCAUCGUCUACAGCGCUGGGAUCAGCGCGUGCGAGCAGGGCGAGCACCCGUUCGUGCCCCCGAGCGGGCAGUUCGAACACGCGUUUCUUCCCUGGCGGCGCCCAUGAGGAACUCCGGCAGGACGCAACAGUGGAGCUGCAGCGCUGCGCCUGCUCCGCGAAGCGCCUCCACUGCACUGCGCGCGGGCGUCGGCAAGGGCCGCUUCCCUGCGGCUGCUGGCACGUGCGGGAGCAGCAGGCGGCGGCAGUGGGCGCCGUCGCUGCUCAUCGACCUGCUCGGCACGAGGCUGGAGCCCGACGUGUCAGCUACAAUGCAGGGAUCAGGGCGUGCGAGAAGGGCGGGCAGUGGCAGCUGGCGUUAGCGCUGAUGAGCGUGAUGUGGGAGGCGAACCUGGAGCAUGACGUCAUCAGCUACGUCGUGGGGAUCAGUGUAUGCGAAAGUACAGGGACAAACUAUUCGACCCACCACGCACUUGAGGGGAAUGUUCAUGACCCCCCCCACCCCCGAAAUCAGGGUUGA